AUGUUAGCACUACGAAAACAACAACAGCAGCAGCAACAUCAACAACAUCAGCCAUCUCAAUUUACUCAUUCUAAUACACAUUUAAAUUCAAAUGGUGGUACGAGAUUAUCAUUAGGUUCUGCAACAAGAUCAUCAACAUUUCAAACAUCUAAUUUAUUCAAUAAUCUGAAAAAUCAAAACCAAAAUCAGAAUCAACCUAAUGGUAAUAGUAAUAACCUCAAUUUGCACAAUCAUUUUAAUAAUAAUUCAAAUUUAAGACAAACACCUCAAUUUAAUUCACAACCUACUUUUAAUAAUGAAGCAACACCAAUAUCUAACAAUAGAAAGAGAGGGGCAUUAUUUGCAAACGCUCCUUCAACAAAUAGAAAACGUCAAAGUAUAGGUAUACCGUCUCUGCAAGGUCUGCAAAUUUCUGAAAGUUCACAAAAACAACAACAACCACAACCACCACAACUGAUUCAACCACUUUCAUUUGCAUCAUCUCAAACACCAGUGUCAUCACAACAACUCCCAUCUCAAUUAAGAUCCAAUUAUCAACCAUCAUAUCCAACACUAGACAAAUUAAGAGAAAGAGCAAAUCAAGAAAUAAUGCAACAAACAAUAUACAAAUUUCUUGUUACAAAUAAAUUUGAUUUGAAAUCAUCAAUAAAUCUAAAUGAGAAUUUACUAAAAGUACCGACUCAACGGAAUUUUUAUGAGAUAUUCAAAUUCCUUUAUAAAUUUAUUGAUCCUUAUUAUAUUUUCCAAAAAUCAGUUGAUCAAGAAACUAUUUUUAUACUAAAUUCAUUACAAUAUCCACUACUAAAACAAAUACCAAAAUUACACUUUAAUGCAGUUGGUGGACAAAAUUGGCCAACUUUUUUAGCAAUACUAAAUUGGAUGGUUGAAUAUGUAUCCACUUUAAAUAGUGAGCCAGAAAAUUUUUAUACAACUGAAGAUGAUUUUGAUAGAAUAUUUAUGAAAUAUAGUUAUACCUGUUAUUUGAAAUUUUUGGAUGCUGAUGAAAAUUAUGAAUUACCUCAUGAAAUAAUGAUCAAGUCAUUCAAUGAAGAAAUUGAAAAUUAUAAACAACAAGAAGAAGAAACUAUAAUACAGAGUGAAAAAUUAGAUGAAAACUUCAAUCAAAGAUUAAUUGAGUUGAAAUUAAAAGAUGAUGCUGAUAAGAAAACAUUUGCAUUAGAAGAUGAUUUUGAAAAAUUACAUAGAUAUAAUGAAGAAGUUAAAAAGAGAAUACCUGAUUGGGAUAAAAGGUUGAAAAAAUUACAAGAUGAAAUAUUAUUAAGUAAUAAACAAAUGGAGAAUUUAUCAUUGGAAAAGAAACAACUAGAAAAAGAAUUUGAAGAUAGAGGUAUAUCUAUAAAGUACAUAAAUGAGUUAGAAUUAAAACGUGAUAAAUUGUCAAAAUCAAUAGAUAAUGAAACUAUUAAAUUAGAGAAUAAAAAAGAUGAAUUAGAAAUAAGGAUAUCCGAUGUUGAUAGAAAAAUAAUAAAUCUUGAAAAAUUAGUACGGCGUUAUAAUGCAAUUGUUGAAACAUUAAAUUACAACACCAAUAACUCAAAUAAUUACGGAUUAGCUUUAAAAGAUUUAAAAGAUUUCUCACAUGCAUUUUCAAGAGAUGAAUUAUUUCAAAAUAAAAAAAUAGAUGAUGAAAAAUCAAUGUUAAUUUCAUUACGUGAUGAUAUCAAAAAUCAAAUUCUUCGAUUCAGACAAGAAUUUAAAAAUAUUGAAGAACAAUAUGAAUUAAAACAACAAAUAGUAUUAGAACAAAGAAUAACAUUAAAUGAUAAAUUAGAUAAAGAAAAUAUGAGUAAAAAAAGAAAUGAUAAAAGAUCACAAGAUAUUUUUAACUUACAAGCAACAAUGUCAAGAGAUAUAGAAGAAAGAGAACAACAAACAAGAGAUACGAAAACCUCCAUGACAACAAAUACUUUAAAUCAUGAAAGAGAUUUUCAAGAUGCUCAUUUAAAUCAAAAAGUUAUUGAACAAGAUAUUCAAGUCAAAAGGCAGUUGAUGAUUGAAGAAAUUGAAAAUGUUGCUACUUCUGUCUUGAAUUUUAGGAAUGAUGUUGCUGAGAAAUUCAUUGCUGCAGCUGAUCUGAUUAUCUGA